CACCUCUCUUGUGCGCCACAGGCCCGGCCCCUGGACCCCUCAAGCUCUUGGGGCAAUACCGCGCGGUAGUAGUGAAGCCAUGUCCGAGCACCACCGUGGUGCCUGGGGAUCGCGCGACGACGCGGCGGCAGUGUGGUGGCCAGGCGCACUCGAGUACCAGCACCAUCAGCAUCUGCUGCAACAGCAGCUGCAAGCCGCGGCGCAGCAACAGCAGGCCCAGCAGCAGCAGGAUGUCGCUCGCAGCACGGCUGCGGCCGCCGCGGCCGCACAGCACCAACUCUUCUCUUACAAGAUGGCCAGUAGCUUCCAGAACCCUACGACGACCACCGCAAGUGUGUCGUCGCCAGUGGCCUCCUGCGUGCGCGGGCCUACUGCCCCCUAUGAUUACAGUAGCGGAGGUGGCCGGACGGAAGCCGCUGCUGCGGCUUCUCUCGUGGGUGGCGCUGCCCAGUGGUGGUACUCUAGUGGCAUGGGCAAUCCUAUGCAUGGAAUUUCCACACCCACUCCGCCCACUUUGCCACCGCAGCAGCAAAACAGAAAGAUGCCCCGUGGGAAAGCUGAUGCUAAACCUAGAGGCCGGAUGACGGCUUACGCUUGCUUCGUACAGACAUGCCGCGAAGAGCACAAGAAGAAACAUCCGGAUGAAAAUGUGAUAUUUGCAGAAUUCUCAAAGAAAUGUGCAGAGAGGUGGAAGACCAUGGUUGAUAAGGAAAAGAAGCGUUUUCAUGAAAUGGCAGAAAAAGAUAAGGAACGUUAUGAUGCUGAAAUGGAAACCUACACACCCCCUAAAGGAGAAAAGGCGCAUGGCAGGAAGAGGAAACAUGCCAAGGACCCAAAUGCACCAAAAAGGGCAUUAUCGGCAUUCUUCUGGUUUUGCCAUGAUGAGCGCAGUAAAGUAAAGGCACAGAAUCCAGAAUUUGGUGUUGGAGACAUUGCUAAGGAGCUGGGCCGGAGAUGGUCAGAAGUCGAUCCGGAGCUGAAAGCCAAGUAUGAAGCAAUGGCAAAGAAAGACAAAGCACGAUAUGAUAGGGAAAUGACAGCAUAUAAGAAAAGGCCAAAGCAAGGAGGGCAGGGAGCUGCAACAGUGAAGAAAGGAAGUGAAGAUGAAGACGAAGAUGAGGAUGAGGAUGAUGAUGUUGAAGAUGGUGACGAAUAGUUUGGCUCCAGUAUUUCAUUGCCAUGUCAUCUUUAUUAAGGAACUUUUGAAAGGACAUCAUAUCUCAUAAAUUCAUCCGUACCCUUUACCAGUUUUUCACUCACCAUAAUUUGAGUUCAAAGAAUGAAAGUGAGUUUUCAGGAAGAGCAUACUUCAGGAUGCAGGAGAAGUGAGCGAGCGUGUGUGUGUGUGUGUGUGUGUGUGUGUGUGUGUGUGUGUGUGUGU